GAGGCCCCACCAUGGAGGUUCUCUGCAAAUUUUUUGUGCUCUUCGCACUGCUAUUCAGCGCAACGACAUCAUCUGAACCCAUCCAAUCGAAAGAUGCUAACUUACCGAACGAGCUAUUCAAUGCCAUUGUCGGAGAUCUGAAAUUGCCCGAAUUUGGUAUCCUCAACAAUUUGGAUCAAUGUACGGCCACUUAUACGCUCAGAAAUGUGGAGAUAUUAAUGAAUGCGGGCAACAAGCUGCGUCAAUGCAGCAAUGUGGCUCAAGCCGAGUUGCAGAGCUAUUUGCAACGACCCAGCUCAGCAGGCGUCAGGGCUGCCUUCCAACAGCAGCUGGCCAACUGCCGCACGCGCAAAUGUUACACGGAUUCGGUCAUGAAUCUGUUUGCCGGAUUGCGUCCAAUGUACAAGCAACUCCGGCAGACGGAACGUUGUGUCAUGCAUGAGAUUAGUAAAAUUUUGCAUGAACUCGAAAAGUCAUUCAGAGUCCUGGAAUCUUGCAUUGGAAAUGCUUUUGCACCGUCUUGGAACUCUAGCACUCCCAGCUGGAACUGGACCACUCCUACUCCACCCAGCUGGAACUGGACCACUCCUACUCCACCCAGCUGGAACUGGACCACUCCUACUCCACCCAGCUGGAACUGGACCACUCGUACUCCACCCAGCUGGAUCUGGACCACUCCUACUCCACCCAGCUGGAACUGGACCACUCCUACUCCACCCAGCUGGAACUGGACAACCCCUAGCUGGAACUGGACCACUCCUACCCCACCCAACUGGAACUGGACUACACCUAGCUGGAACUGGACCACUCCUACCCCACCCAACUGGAACUGGACUACACCUAGCUGGAACUGGACCACUCCUACCCCACCCAACUGGAACUGGACUACACCUAGCUGGAACUGGACCACUCCUACCCCACCCAACUGGAAUUGGACCACUCCUACCCCACCCAACUGGAACUGGACUACACCUAGCUGGAACUGGACCACUCCUACCCCACCCAACUGGAAUUGGACCACUCCUACCCCACCCAACUGGAAUUGGACUACACCUAGCUGGAAUGAGUCUACCCCAAGCUGGAAUUGGACCACCCCCGGAACACCAAGCUGGAAUUGGACUACUCCCGGCUUGAAUGAGUCUACCCCAAGCUGGAACUGGACAACUCCCGGGACACCAAGCUGGAAUUGGACUACUCCUGGCUUGAAUGAGUCUACCCCAAGCUGGAACUGGACCACCCCCGGAACACCAAGCUGGAAUUGGACUACUCCCGGCUUGAAUGAGUCUACCCCAAGCUGGAACUGGACAACUCCCGGGACACCAAGCUGGAACUGGACUACUCCUGGCUUGAAUGAGUCUACCCCAAGCUGGAACUGGACAACUCCCGGAACACCAAGCUGGAACUGGACUACUCCCGGCUUGAAUGAGUCUACUCCAAGCUGGAACUGGACCACCCCCGGAACACCAAGCUGGAACUGGACUACUCCUGGCUUAAAUGAGUCUACUCCAAGCUGGAACUGGACAACUCCCGGAACACCAAGCUGGAACUGGACUACUCCUGGCCUGAACGUGUCUACUCCAAGCUGGAACUCGACAACGCUCAGCUGGAAUACGACUACUCCGAUCCCAAGCUGGAAUGUGACUACAGAGGCACCUGCGACAACCACUGAAGAAAGCUGGUGGGACAAGCUGAUAAAUAAGCUCGGUCUCUAAAGUGGGGCAUUAGGGGGCAUUGCACUGAGGGCAACACCUUUAAAUUAGAUAUUAAGCAAGCUAAAUAAUAAAUGGAUCAGCAUUGAAAUGUGUUUACUCGAUAAUA